UAGAAAAAAAGACAAGAAUUAUAAAAUAGAGAAAUGGUAAAAAGAUUAAAAGUAAGUGAAGACACGAGCACCUUAAAAUUGAUAACAGAAGAGGAGUGGUCGAUUCGUGAGCAACGUCACUUGCAACGUUUACAGGACAUUAAAAUAUGUUUGGGUUUCAUAAGCGAUGCCCAAAAUGAUCAUACUGCAUUGUUGGAAAAGCAUCGCCAGAACGAAAGGUGGACUCAUUAUCUAGAUUGCGAUGGCUUGCCACGCCCCGAAUGGCCACCUGAGAUCCGAAGUUUUCUAGCCCAAAUGCGUUACGAGGAGGCCAAGAAUGAGGAUGAAGUAGUCAAUUGGACAUUGUCGGUUAACGAACGCAGUAUCCUAUCGCAAAAUAUAUUUCGCAAAGAUCUGACUUGGAAGACCCUGGCAGCCAUACGACCAAACAUUGGUAAGCUCUAUGAUAUUUGUGUGCAACGUAUUCUCGAAAUGGUAUUGCGUAUUGAUCGUGUGCUGCUCAAUGAACUGGAAAUGGUUCAUAUAUCGGAGGAGCGAGCUGCUGAAAUGUUACAAAUGCGUCACGAGUUGCACGAAGAGAUUCAUAUACUCUUUGACAAGUUGACCUAUCGAAUUAUUUGUGCGCCCAGCGCUUAUAUGGCUUAUAACGAUUGCACAGUGGCUGUCUAUUGUUACAAGGCGGUAGAUUACAACUUUCAAAUAUGGUGUAUUAAGGAUGUACCUAUACGAUUUCCACAUCUCGAUAUACCUGUAAUGGUUGCCAAUUUGGAGGGACUUGGUGUUAGCCUACAGAUGCCAUUUAGUAUACUUGGUGAUAAUCUGACCCUGCAAUGUGUGCACACUUUUUUCGAUCCCUAUUCCGAGAAGGCUAAAAGCCAUGAUGUUGAGAUCGAAACGGAUACUAGCAACAUUAGUUCGGGUAUGGUUGAUAUUGAGGAUUGCUUGAUUGCCGAGUGGCUUAAGCAGGUUGAGAUUCAAGAGGAGGUGAUUGCCAAAAUGGAGUCGAAAAUGCAGCAAUAUGAGGAUGCCAUGAGUAUACUGCAGGCCAAGGAGUCGGCAACAGGGAAAAACAAAGAAGAUGCAAAUAAGGCAAAAGCAUUAAGGGCACCAAAGCAGCCUCAAGGUCUGCCCGAGGGUAUGAUACCGGAUCCCCAUCACAUUUUUCUCGAUCAUGAGGAGCAACAGUUUAUUGAUUUUCUAAAUGAUAGUUUUCAUCCAAGCAAAUUGGACUUACGUCCAGACGAGAUCAACCUGCGAGAAUUUCUCAUAUUGGGUGGCAUCUUUUCGCUGGCAUUUGUACGUAAACCUAAACAUACGGAUUAUGAGAAAUUUAAUAUAACAUUGCAUGAGGAUGGGCGCGUGGUCUAUAUAAGACAGGAAGUACGAAUUGGAAAUGAGAGCGAAGAUGAUGAAGAGGAACAUUUCGGACCGCUUCUAGCGUCGAUGUCCCAACAGUUAACGAGGCGAGAGACAACACGAUCAACACGUUCUCGCCUUCAAUUGGCCGAAAUGGAGGCAGACGCAAAAAUUCGUUUAAACGAUGAUGAGCUACCAUUCUUUUUUGUCACCUUCAAGUUGCCUCGGGAACUUUUCCUCUGGGGUGAGCCUGUGGCAUGUCAAUUCGUCGAAGAGGAAGAAGAAAUAAUUGAGCUUGAAGAGGAGAUGCUACCACCCGAACCAGAUAGAAUAAGGCAUAAGAAGAAAAAAAGUAAAGCUGUUAGCAUUAGGAAUACGGACACCACCACAGAUGAAUCCGGUGAAAGGGUCCUCAUUUCGAAGGGUAAACAACCACAGCCAGCUGAACGUGUAGAGUACCAUAGGCCAAAGCCCACGGUUAUCAUGAGGGUGCGUGCCGAGCCAAGCAAUAUCUAUAGACCGUCCGUACUGGAAAUGCUUCGCCGUAGUACCCUCAAUAAAGAAAUUGUGCCUGGUACAAAUUUGGCUAACUUUGAGAUGACGGGUCAUAAGUUGAACAAUCUGCAGUUGCGUAACAUUCAAAGGCAUUGCGUGCCGCGGAUUAUAUCGUCCUUUAAGCUACCAUUUGAGUUCAAGGAGGAGUAUCUCCAUGAGGUGUCAGCGAAAAAGGUACAAGGUCCCAUGCUAAUGAUGCGCCAACAGGCCGAGAAGGAAGUUGACAACAAAGCCAAUGAUGCUGAAUUCUUUUUCAAUUAUGAAGAUCAGUCGGCACCCGAACGCCUUUAUCCAGUGUUGAAAAAGCGUGAGAGAAUUUCCUACCAUCGCAAUCCAUUCGUUCGUGUGCAUAUUCUCGGCCAGGAUGAUUCCGACGAAGAUGAAGAUGAUGGCGACCUGCAAUACAAAGAACCCACAAUGUAUGGGAUUUUAAAGCAAUUAGAGGAUAUCGAAGGACAGUAUACAACAAACUAUAAGAAAAUUAUGGAUCAGCCAAUGUUUGUCGUGAAGAAACAAGUUACCAAGCAAUCCAUUGAUGCAACCAUUGUGUCAUCCGGUCAUGAGGCACCUUCAACGACACGAUCGAAAUCAAAGGUGCCAGCGCGUAGAAGUAAAUUGCAUUUACUGUCAAAAAGUGGACCUGCCGAUACUGGAUCAGGUCGCAAUACCGAAACAAUGGAGAACACAUUAAAUAAUGAAAUGGAUCUAAAGGAUGUCGAUACAAUUAGCAUUAAGGCCUCAACGGAUCUAUUUCGAAAGUCAAACCGGAAACCCGAAUAUAAUCUAUCCGAUAAUGAAGAUGAUGACAUAUACUCGACAAGAGAAAGACCAAGCCUAGAACGUCCCAAGGUCAUCCAUUGGACUACCAAAUAUAUACAAAGAACGGAACUUGAUCGAGACAAUCUAAUCGUAACGGUGAGAACUGAUCGUGUGGGUCUAUUUGGGUUUGCCUUUAAGCGUUACGCACACUUUCCCUUUCGCCACUGGUGCAUGGAGCCCAGUGAGGAGAAUGCCAAUGAGAUAGUUUUCACAUUGGAUACAUUUCAUGUCCGUGUAGUGCUAUACAUUAGCAAUAAGGGUAUACGUGGCUAUGUGACGGAUUUGACUAAGGAAUAUACGGCUAAACCGGUUAAAUAUAUGACAAUUGAGGAGCCUAUAUUUGAUUUCGGUGAUUUUCGUAAACGUUUUCAAGAGAAAAAUGUGAAUAUAUUUGCGGAACAUGAUGCUAAAUUUUAUAUUGAAAAUGGUUAUUAUUCAUUGAAAAUGUUGGCCUUAGAGUUACAUGUCUAUGAUGCCAUGGCCAUACACUGUAAAAUGAUCAAGUUUUUCCGUUCCGAAUGGAAUCGUUUGGCCACCAGACGUAAUAUUGUGCUAUGUUUGCGUAAUCCCAAGGAUCCGAACGAGGGGGCAGAGGUCACUUGUCGUGUGACACCGGAUAACUCAACAUUUGUCGAGGUCUCCGAGCUGUGCUCCGAUGAUUUAGAUGUAUUUAAAUUGCACUACCAACCGACAUGGCGAAACAUUGGGCAGCUGCCGCAAACGCAGCCACAGCACAGCCAAGUGGAUGCCAAUGAACCUGUUGCGGCCACACAUCGGGAUCAGUUGCUCCAGGACUAUGCCCAUUCGUCGACACCCACACAGCCGGCGGCAGCAGCGGCAUCUGCCUCGCCAACAACAGUGAUCAUACGCAAGGAUAUAAGGAGUUUCAAUUUCAGUGACAUUGAGGUCAGCGAAAGGCCAACGGCAACCCUUCUAACCGAAUUGGCCAGACGUAGUCGGAAUGGUGAACUGCUUCAUGAUCUGUCACAGCGAGCGGUGACAGCAACGCCACAGCCUCCCAUUACCGAACUGGAUGACAUUUUCAUCAGUGUAAAGACAACGAAAAACUAUCACGACACCCGAUUGGCACUGAUCAUCAAGACUUGGUUCCAAUUGGCUCGCGAUCAGACUUGGUUCUUCACCGAUACCGAUGACCAUUAUUACCAGGAGAAGACAAAGGGCCAUCUCAUAAACACGAAAUGCUCACAGGGCCAUUUUCGCAAGGCCUUGUGCUGUAAAAUGUCUGCAGAAUUGGAUGUCUUUCUGGAGAGUGGCAAGAAGUGGUUCUGUCACUUUGAUGAUGACAACUAUGUCAAUGUACCGAGGCUGGUUAAACUACUCGAUGAAUAUAGCCCCAGUGUGGAUUGGUAUCUGGGUAAACCGAGCAUCUCAUCGCCGUUGGAGAUCCACUUGGACAGCAAGAACACUACAACCAAUAAGAAGAUAACCUUCUGGUUUGCCACUGGCGGCGCUGGCUUCUGUCUGAGUCGAGCCCUGACAUUGAAGAUGCUACCCAUAGCAGGUGGUGGUAAAUUUAUAAGCAUCGGCGAUAAGAUACGCUUUCCGGAUGAUGUCACAAUGGGUUUCAUUAUAGAGCAUCUAUUAAAAGUGCCCUUGACUGUCGUCGAUAAUUUCCAUUCGCAUUUAGAGCCCAUGGAGUUCAUACGCUCGGAAACCUUUCACGAUCAAGUAUCCUUUAGCUAUGCCCACAUGAAGAAUCAAUGGAAUGUGAUCAAAGUGGAUGGCUUUGAUCUAAAAACCGAUCCGAAACGUUUCUAUUCGCUGCAUUGUCAACUAUUCCCAUACUUCAGCUUCUGUCCGCCCAGAUGAGAGAUAAAUGUUGGUAUCGAUGUCUGAUCGAUCUCUCUCCUAGAGAAGCUGUUGCAGGCGUGCGCUUGCCUCUUGGACGGUUCUGAACUGAUUCCAAUGGGCAAACGUCAAUAAAAACAAACAAACAUACAUAUAAAUAAAAACAAAUCUCGCCACUGUGAUUUAACAUUUAAGUAUACGAAGAACAACUCCAUUAAAUAAUGUUUAUAAAU